AUGUUUGUGUGUUUUGUGUUGCGGAAGCGGAUGAAAGCUCACUCAAGCACACCAAACAGUGCUGUGAAGGUGACCCCAAUGACCUCUUUCCCGGGCUGGACCAUGUUGUUGAAGGGAGUGUCCGGGGUACCCGGGGACCUCGCCCAGCUGUGGAGCUCCAACAACACGAUGAACCCUUCCAACCCAGCAGCAAGAACGCUGACGGACGACUUCAAGGGUUACUACAAACCAGACGUUGCAAAUGCCUGGGACCAGUGUCAGUUUGAGCAGGUCAAGGUCUCUGUAUUCAAAGAUGGACUAGAGGUGGGCAACAUUGUGUUUGACACACGCGGGGUGGACAAGAACUCAUGGUUCCAACCCAACCGUAUCGUGUCCAGUACGUGGAACGACAUCAAAACGGCGCCACCAGGAACCUUCACUAUUGCUAAGAGUCCUUUGACCGGACGGGAGUUCUCCGUGUCUCCGACCGCUGGUUGUGACGGCCAGGGCUGGCUCUUUGUGUCCACCACCAACUCCUGCAGCUUCGAGAGUAGCAAAGGUCCAGCUCCACGCUUCUUCUUCUCCCUGGGCCCAUCUGUCGCUGAUCUGGCCAAAGACAAACUUGGGGAGGCUGAUGUCCUUGCAAUCUUUGGGAAAGGUGGAAAUUGCAAUGGCGGCGUUCUUCCCCCAACCUCCCAGAAAACAAUUUUGACAGCCUGCACGUACAAGGGCCAGAGCUAUGGUCAAGGAGCUAAGUGGUCAGAUGGUUGUGACCUGGACUGCAGCUGUGUCAACGCAUCCACGGGAAGAUAUAUCUGUGCUGAAAAGUGCCCCACCUACCAGAACCUGUCUCCACAAUGUCAGCUGAAGAAUGUGUCUGGUGGAUGCUGUCUCGAGCCAGUCUGUGGUGGACUUGUGCUUCAGAAUAAAUGUUACUACAAGGGUUCCUCCUACAGUGAAGGAGCGCAGUGGUCGGACGGCUGUGACUUCGACUGCGUCUGCUUGAAUGCAACCACUGGAGAUUUCAAGUGCAAGAACAUCUGCCCCCCAUGGAACCUCCCGCCCGAGUGCACCCUGCAGGACCCAGCGCCAGGAAUGUGUUGCCAGACGCCCAAAUGUCCCUAUACCUGGGUUCCCCCACCUGGAUACGUACCGAGAUAGAAAGUCUUGACAUAUAUGGCAAUGGGCCUCGUUGAUCACAAAACUUGCUCGUUGCGGAUUAGUUGGAGUGGUAGUUUUUCAGAAAAAUCACAGGAAAGGUUGUAGAAAAACCUCAACAAAAGAUCAUUUGACAUUGUACGUAAAUACUCUUUUGUAACUUUGCAGCAUAGUUUUUUUGAGUGAAGUAAAUGUGAGGCAUCGUGGUGAAAUCAGGGGCUCGUCAAAAUUGCAAAAUUGGAGAAACAGGCAUUUCCCCACCAGUUUCAACGUUGAUGAAAAGUUCAAAAUAUGUAAUUUUUUCAGUUUUCAAGAACUCUUUAGCUAUUGAAGUUACUAAAAACUUUGGCGCCCAUUUUCUCACUAUUUUUACCUCUGAAACCAAGUGAACUUACCUCUUUCAAUCACAAAUAUUUUCACUUCUGCUCAAGAUAGACGUGUAUUUUUUCAUUAAAAGCAAGAUAAAUGAACAAGCUUUAAGGUGAUACAAUAACUCCUCAUGCACAAAAAUUGACGAGCGCCGGAUUCCACUGUGUUGUGACACAAAUGGUUAGUUUGUAAAAUGACUGGUGAUAGACAAUUAUACAAAGUGAGUCUUGCGAGAAGACUGACAACUGACAGAUUUUAGAAGUUAGCCCUUUUUUAAAUGACUUUAAUUGCUGAGGUUUUUUUUUAAAUUGUAGUUUUGCCGAAAGAAUUUAAUUUACUGAGAAAUAUAUGAUUAUUGUACUGUCUCUGUGAAAAGAUUAUUAUCCAGGGGGGGGGAGGGGGGGGGUUGAGGUUAGAGUAGUGUACUUGUGAUAUCUUUGUGGAAAAAAGAUUCAAAUUAUAUAUUGAUAUUGUUUGUUGCCAAGAUAGAUAAAGGAGGCUCAAAGAUAUAAUAUGUGUACUUUUCCUUUCUAUUUUAUGGUUCAAUGCGAUUCUGCAUGUAGUGACAAUACUUUUCUCUGUUAAUGCUUUGUUUCCUGAAGACAUGAGUAUUAGAUUGUUUUUUUAGUUUCAUCUUUUUUUGUUGGCCCUGUCCAAUGGCAUUUAACAUUAAAGGUUGUGCCUUUCUAUCAAAUA